AUGCAGCCGACGUUGUCAACCUCUGCUGCAAGAGGAACGGUGAAUGGGGGACAUGGGGUAACCAGUACCUUACUUACUGUCCGCUGCCCCAGCAAAGUCUACGUACUCGAAACCUCCGGGCAAAGCAGCCCUCCCGAUGAUGAAACAAAUCCCAGAAAGUAUCAAAUACCUAGAGCACCUGUGUUCAUGCACACUGGUACCAGAUCAUCCGUCGGGCCUUGGCAUUUCCUCAACUAUUUCUCUUGCCGGCCCCAGCCAAACAAAGAGUCCGCUGCGGGAGCCCACUGCCCACAAGGUCUUCACAGUAAACCUGAUCGGCAUCAAGAACACACCCGUGGACUCUCCCUCCUCUCCUCCCCAGGUAUUGAUAGGGCACAGCCAGGACGCACCAGUGCGCACACAAAGGGCACUUCCACGCAAGACUCAAAUCAUGUGUCUUGGACAACGUAA